AUGAUCCCUUCAUUACAGCCGUCAAGACCCAAGCCACUACAGCAGGCUACGCAACCAACAUAUGUGUAUCAACAGCGGCGCACAACGCAUGGGCUCCCACAACCACAGCCUAUGCCCUCGUGUAGUCCCCCAGCUUCUCAGAGACCACAAUCACAGAUAGAAGCUAUGCCUCCUGCCCGCACAUCAUCGUCCUUCCCUGCACAGAGCUUCUACGACGCUGCAACAAGACAUCCGGUCUUCUUCACGAAUAACCUGAGAAAGCCGCCGUUCCCCAUACCGCAGAUGCGCAGCCAGGGCUGGAAUCCCGUCGCGAACGGGUACAUACAGGAAAGAGCAAAGGCUCAAGGGGGAGGGGGGACAAAGCUAUGA